UGCUUGAGGGGCAAUUUUGGUGUGUAAGUCACGACUGUAAUUGAAUUGAAAGAGAGAAAAAAGAAGAGUUCACUAUUAGGGUUUUGGGUUUGGGGUUGUUUCAUACUUCCAUACCACGUGGCAAGGAGACACGUGUGAAAGUCGAGGCCCCAACUAUUUUAACCUCCAUUUGCUUCCCGCGCUCCAUUUAAUCGAAACUAUCAAAUUCGAAGACUACAAAGCAAAACCUGAAAGACAGAGGGAGUAGAGAGAAUCGCAUCGAGAUGGAUAACAAGGACGAAGCUCUGAAAUCGCAGAUUGCAAUUCGCUGCGCCAACGCCGCAGCCCGGCUUCUCUCGUUGAGAUCCAGCCCAAAUCACCUGCUCGAUGACCAAGAUGAGGAAAAGGAGAGGAUGAGUAGAGAAAUAACAGAUAUGAAGAUCGAAUUGGUGAGGGAACGCGUAAGGAGUCGGAGGAUCAAGCUUUGCAGCUUCAUGGAGUUCGCUCUUCAGGUUGUGACGGUGCUUUCUGCUUCCACUCUCUUGUUGAUGCUUGCCUUCAAUUCUGCUUGAUUUUAUGACAUUGGUGGUUUUUGUGUCGGUAAAUAGAGCUGGUUGUAUGUCUUGAUCUGCUUGAAUAUGUGAUUCUGCCAUUCUCUCAUUAACAGAACUAGAAUUUGAAUUCCUUGCCAAAUAUGAAUAACUCCUCCGUUUCAAGUGAUAAUCCGAGUGGAUCUCUAGUCUGAACUUUUUUUUGGCUAA